AAAUCUCCUCCUGCAAAGUGAGUGCAGUGCAAGAAACGGGGGGAAAAAAAUCCUCUUGAACCAAAAAAAAAAAAAAAAAAAAACGCAGGAGGUGAUCAUGGAUAUUGGAGAAGAAAAUAUUUUGGGUUUUGGAUAGAUCCUUCGAUAAUUUCCCUUCAAUUUUACUUACAAUUUGUUCUGCAAUUUGCCACGCUCUGCUUUGAACUUUCCUUUUGCCUCUUCCCGAUAAGAAGUUCAAAUUUUUUCCUAGCCUAUUAGACAUUGUUGAAGUCAAGAUGUACCACGUUUAACUUCGGUUGGUUUUUCUUGUUUAGACCAUAAUUGGUACUCGGGAAUCCUGAGAAGGCAAAAACUUUCUGCCUUCUUAGUGGAAAAAGCUUUUGCUUUUGGCGAUGGUGUAUCUUGCAGGUUGAGAAUGUGUUGAAGGGCGGUGCAAUUGAGUUUCAGGUCAUAGCACCACAAUAUUACAAAUCCUUGUGCUUUGUUUACUACUAUCGAUGUAAGGGUUCUGCCUCAUUUCCUUGUACUCAGUCCCUUCAGGCUAAAUUUUGGUUCUUGAUUUGUGACAGAAUAUUCUUGGGUUCUUGGUUCUGACGUGAUAAAUUGUUGUUUGUGGAUUGAUAGGUUUCUGGAAUUUUAACGUGUUGUAUGGUUUUGUCAAGUGGUUGACUAAUUAGGCAGUUGAAGAACCAAACUUCGUGAUUGUUGUGGUGGGCUCUUAAAAAAUUGAGAACUUUACCGCUUGAUAUACAGGGGAGGAUUAUCUAUUGGAGCAGCUGCAAUGUCGAUUGCCAGUGUGGCUCUUGCUCCUGUUUAUGAAGAUUAUUGGAACUUUCCUGGUCGUGUCUUGGGUAGAAAUGGGGCGUUUUCAAAUGAAUCCAUCGUAAUUUUCCUUGCAAUUGGAGGGUCUGUGAUUCCUAUGCAGGUAAUGGGGUCUGAUUCUAUUGCUUCUGUAAAGCUCAGGAUACAGAACCGUAAGGGAUUUUUUGUGAAGAAUCAAAAACUUGUCUUUGAUGGGAAAGAAUUAUCGCGGAAUAAUUCCCGUGUUCAGGACUAUGGGGUCACUGAUGGGAAUGUGUUGCAUUUGGUCCUUAGGCUAUCAGAUCUCCAGGCGAUUACUGUUAGAACUGUUUGUGGGAAAGAGUUUGAGUUCCAUGUUGGAAGAAAGAGAAAUGUGGGCUAUGUGAAACAGCAGAUUGCUAGAAGCGGGAAUGAAUUUCUCGAUCUCAAGGAUCGGGAGUUAGUAUGUGAUGGUGAGGAACUAGAAGAUCAGAGGCUCAUUGAUGAUAUUUGUAAGAGCAAUGAAGCAGUAAUACACUUGCUUGUCCGUAAGUCAGCAAAAGUUAGAGCUAAGCCUGUUGAAAAAGAUUUUGAAGUCUCGAUUGUUGCAUCAGAAGUUGAUAAGAGUAGGAGGGUUGACUCAGUAGAUGAGAGAAGUUCUGAGGAGGAAUCAUUAGUUGAGAAACUUCCAGUUGCUGCCAUAAAGCCUUUGGAGAAAGAAUUCUUUUUGGAACCACUAGUAGUCAAUCCAAAUAUUACGCUAUCAUCUGUGAUUAAGCAACUUGUUGAUGCCACUUACCAUGGACUGGAGAAGGGUAAUCCACCGAUUAUGUCGUCUGAGGGGUCAGGGGGUGUUUAUUUCAUGCAAGAUUCAUCUGGUCAGCAGUAUAUUUCUGUAUUUAAGCCAGUUGAUGAGGAACCCAUGGCUGUAAACAACCCUAGAGGGGUUCCCUUGUCCGUCAAUGGUGAAGGGUUGAAAAAAGGGACACGAGUUGGUGAAGGGGCUGUAAGGGAAGUUGCAGCAUACAUCUUGGAUCAUCCGAAGGGUGGACAAUGCUCGUAUCUUAAGAAUGAGAAAGGCUUUGCUGGCGUUCCCCCAACUGUGAUUGUCAAGUGUCAACAUGAAGCAUUCAAUUAUUCUGAGGGCUUUCACCCAUCCUAUAAGAAUACCAAGGUUGGAUCACUCCAAUUGUUCAUGGAGAACUGCGGCAGUUGUGAGGACAUGGGGCCCCGUAAUUUUCCUGUGGAUGAAGUACACAAGAUUUGUGUUCUGGAUAUUAGGUUAGCAAAUGCAGACAGGCAUGCUGGCAACAUCUUGGUUUGCAAAGAUUCGGGAGAAGGUCGGAUUAACCUCGUUCCAAUUGAUCAUGGCUACUGCUUGCCUGAAAAUUUCAAAGACUGCACCUUUGAUUGGCUCAAUUGGCCUCAAGCACGCCAACCGUUUUCGCCAGAGAUAAUUGGCUACAUAAACUCGCUUGACGCUGAGAAAGACAUUGAGCUUUUGAGGCUGCAUGGAUGGGAACUUCCAUUUGAUUGCGCGCGCAUCCUUCGCAUCUCCACCAUGCUGCUGAAAAAAGGCGCAGAGAGAGGGCUUAAUGCAUUUCUAAUUGGAAGCAUCAUGUGCAGGGAAACACUGAAGAAGAAAUCGGCUCUUGAGCAAAUUGUCCGAGAAGCACAAGGAGCUGUGCUUCCUGGAAUGAGCGAAGCAGCAUUCCUCGAGUCGGUGUCAUUGAUCAUGGAUCGUUACCUUGAUGGCAUGUCUGCAAGUAAAUAUGUAGGUAGGUAGAAUGUACGUAGAUAGAACAUUGUGACUGGUCGAAUGGAGGACGGACGGCCAAGGAUGCUGCUUAAUCUCUCUGUUCAUCCAUGGUAGUCCUACAUCGCGACCCUAUAACUUUGUUGCGCUUAACUCCGCUCUGUUUAUCCCAUAUCCCCACCCCUGAUGUCCUGGAACUUGUUGCCAUAUCCUGCGCUCCUCUUUUGAGCAUUAUGACUGUUGAAACUGAGAAUUGAAAGCAUCACUUUCCUUGUAAAAGUCUCGUCAAAUUUUU